UUUUAGCUCUUUACUAUUUUGGCCCUAGUCCCCCGCCCGCCAAAUAAUCGCCUCUAAUCUUUGCUUCCAACGAGCCUUUUGAGAGAGAAAUAGGAAAAAAAUAGGGUUUCGAAAUUUGAAAGAAAGUGUAGAUUAAGAAGAAAAACAAAUGGAGAAGAGGAAAAUCAACAGAGGAUGCAUGGAGGCAAACAUUUUAGCCAUCUUAGACUCCUCCAUCGAGUUUCACAAUCACAGAGAUUCUCAAGAAGCCAAAGACGACCGUAUCGAUUUUCUGGAAGCCGUGCGUACCGCUUGUAUUGUACCAGAACACGGAACUCCUCCAACUAAGAAAAUGAUUGAGGCGGUGUUUCAAAUCCUGAAGGCAGGGAAAUCUCUCGAGCUUAUAAUGUCUAGUUAUGGGCUUCUGAAUGAGAUUGAAAAUAGGUUUCCUCGGGUUUAUAUAUCUGAAUCAUCUGGUAAUGGUUCACGUGAACUGGUUGUAGUUAAGGAGGCAUGGUUGCCAUUUGUUCUUUCCUUGGAUGUCAUGUCUAGUGAGAAGGACUCCAAAGGAAGAAAGUCGUGUGGACUGUUUAAUCCCAAUGGUUUUCAUGAACUAUUACUGGGCAUUGCUGAAAUGUCUUAUAAAACGAUUUCUCAGAGAUUGGAUUAUAAGUUCUUGGGAAAUAUGUUACUGUUUCAAUAUCUUGUCAAUGUUCUUGAAGGAGAUUUUGUACCCCGUAUCAAUAUGUAUAAAGAAAGCUUGAACUGGAACAUUUUGCGGGAGUGCUUACUUAACAUGCUUCUGGCCUCAAGAAGAAUCACCUACAAGGUUUUAAUGAAAGAUUGUUUGUAUACGAUCUGUUCGCUGAGCCAAGAUCAUGCUGGAAAUCAUAAUGAGUCUGACUGUUCUGAGACUUCUAUUGAAAAGUCAUCUGAGAAUCAUAAUACUGAUGUAGCAAUUGCUUUACUUGAAGUUCAAAGGACUACUUGUAUGGCUAUGCAGAAAUUUCUGAUAAUGAUUAUGGAGCUUGACGAGUCAAAGCAGCAAGCCGAAGUGCUAGGUCAACUCAACAGAGCUGAUGGUUUGAGAACCCGACUGGUAGAGAUAAUCUUGGACGAGCUAACGUACCACAGAAAAGUACUUCCCUCAUUUCUUCAGGUAUUUAAUGACCCUAAAUGGAAGCUUGAAAUCAUCGUGCAGUAUUUACUAAAAUACAUUAAGCCGUCAGUUCACACUCGUAGAUCAAAUGGUCCUUCGGAAGAUUUUCCAUUUCAUGGAAUUUUGAAGUCCUUUUCAGAUAGCAGCAGCACUAGAAACAUUAUAAAAAAACUUAAUGUGGAAGUUGUUCAAUUGCUUUUGGCGCAUGCAUUUCUUGCCUAUACAUCCAUGGCAUCUCAGCAGCAUCUUUCCACCAUGCCGGAUCACAAUGAAGCUGUAACAGACAGCUUGUCUCUCAUGGAAAUUUCUAAGAACGUAACUGCGGCUUUCAAUAGUCUAAGAAAAGCAGAUGAGAAAAUUGAGAUAUCAUCUCUUGGAAAAGAAGCACUGUUUACAGCAGGAAUGAUCAUUUCCACUUCAUAGGCCUAGGCCAAGAGAAGGAUGCGGCUAACUUUUGGUUCCAAAAGGGUCGCAUUACUGAAUGUAUAACUCAUUUGCUUGGAUAUCUUGAAUGUAAAAUGACGGAUUUCAUUUAACUUAUUUAUCUGUACCCAGCACAUGUCAUCCAACAUGCAAUUCUUACCUUUGGUAGGACCGCGGUCAGAAAAAAACCCGAAAACCCAUUCGAAUUCCAGUGUUCCAUU